AUGACCUCCAAGUGGGGUCCCUUCCCUUCAACGUGCAUAGCAGGUGCAAUGCAUGGCAGAUGGAGUGCAUGGCAGAUGGAGUGCGUGGCAGGUGGAGUGCAUGGCAGGUGGAGUGCAUGGCAGGUGGAGUGCAUGGCAGGUGGAGUGCAUGGCAGGUGGAGUGCAUGGCAGGUGGAGUGCAUGGCAGGUGGAGUGCAUGGCAGGUGCAGUGCAUGGCAGGUGCAAUGCAUGGCAGGUGCAAUGCAUGGCAGGUGCAGUGCAUGGCAGGUGGAGUGCAUGGCAGGUGGAGUGCAUGGCAGGUGGAGUGCAUGGCAGGUGGAGUGCAUGGCAGGUGGAGUGCAUGGCAGGUGGAGUGCAUGGCAGGUGGAGUGCAUGGCAGGUGGAGUGCAUGGCAGGUGGAGUGCAUGGCAGGUGGAGUGCAUGGCAGGUGGAGUGCAUGGCAGGUGGAGUGCAUGGCAGGUGGAGUGCAUGGCAGGUGGAGUGCAUGGCAGGUGGAGUGCAUGGCAGAUGCAGUGCAUGGCAGUGUCCCGACUGCCCCCUCCAAGGCGUUUCCUACGCACAGGGACGUAA